GCAGGAAGCUAUCGUUGAGAGGCGUUUACGCCCUAUUUAUGGUAAAUAUCCCUGUUUUCCGAGUGUCUCUUGCCUCUCCCGAAGAUUCCCUGGAGGUGGGCAACAACAAGAAGGCCCUCCAGGAGGCGGAAAAGGUGCUGAAGAAGAGCCCCUCGAUGCAGUGCGGCCGGGCGCUGAAGGCUCUCGCCCUGUUGAGGUUAGGUCGCGACGAGGAGAGCGAGACAAUCGUGAAGAGUCUCGCCGACGAGGAUAUCUGUGAUGAUCCCACGCUCCAGGUGAUGACGUUCUGCUACAGGGAGACGGAGCAGCUGGACAAAAUAUGCUCCAUGUACCAGAAGGCCGUGAAGCUGGCGCCGAAGAACGAGGAGAUCCUGUCGCACCUCUUCAUGGCCUUCGUCCGCAUAAAUGACUACAAGAGCCAGCAAACGGUAGCGCUCCAGCUGUACAAGUUGCGCCCCAAGAACCCCUACUACUUCUGGGCGGUGAUGAGCAUCGUGCUGCAGGCGCUGCGCGGCCCGGACAGCGAGGACAAGGGCAAGCGGAGAGUGCUGUUGGCGCUGGCGCAGCGCAUGGUGGACAAGCUGAUCAGCGAGGACAAGCUGGACGCCGAGCAGGACGUGCAGCUGUACAUCAGCAUCCUGCAGCACCAGGAGAAGUUCCAGGAGGCGCUGGACUUCCUCGAGGGCGCCGUGUGCAAGAAGCUGUACCCCAGCGCGCCCGUGUCCAUCAAGAUCGACCUGCUGCAGAGCCUGAGCCAGUGGGCGGAGCUCAAUGUGCUGCUGAAGCAGCUGCUGGACGACAACAGGGACCGCUGGGACUACUACAAGCUCUACAUCGAGUCGUGCUUCCGCCUCGAGGACGCGCAGAGCACGGCCGAGGGCACGGAUCACACCAUGGAGAUGUGCCACGAGUUCAUCUGCCUGAUGAUGGAGGGCGGCAAGAAGGUGCGCGGCCCGUAUCUCGCGCGCCUGGAGCUGCACCGCCGGCUGCGGGAGCGCAACAAGGACCCGGCGCCGCUGCUCGGCGACUACGUCGAGCUGCUGAUCGAGUACUUCCGCCUCUUCGGCGACAAGACCUGCUGUGCACUGGACAUCAAGAUGUUCCUCGAGUAUCUGCCGAUGCACGAGCGCCCCGGUUUGGCGUCGCGUCUUAUCGUGGAGUGCGGAAUCAGCUCCACGACGCUUCCACAGAACAAGGAGCAGAUGCAAAAGCACAUUUGCUCGCUGCAAAUCUCACGCUACGUCGGCGUGCACACGUUCCUCAGCACGGAGCACCUGGAGGCGCUGCACACGGCGCUGAGUCUGCACUACGAGCACGGCGUGACGGCGUUCGGCGUGGAGCUGAUGCCCACGGAGAUCGGGCCGUCGGAUCCUUACGCGCUGCUGGCCGUUCACGUGAUGUACGAUCUGUCGCAGCGCUUCAAUGCAUCGAAGCAUCUUGUGGAGGCGCUUUGUCUUCUGCAGUAUCUGCUGUCCAAUUCGCCGAACAACUUCCAUGCGAAGCUGCUCUCACUGAAAGUGUAUCACUUCCUGGGCUGCGGCAUGGGCGCCAUGAAGAUCUACGAGACGCUGGACAUCAAGCACAUCCAGCUGGACUCGAUGGGCUUCAUCCAUUGCGCUCUGUUGCCCAGCAUUGGUCUGCCGUCAAUUGCCAAGCCACUGUACGAUGCCACGCUCAAGUUCUUCACAACGAGUCUCAAGGAUAGCGUCGAGUAUCUGGCCAUGAGCUACAAGUUCGGCUCCUUCUCGAAGCUGCAAGAGUUCAUGGACUUUCGCGAGAAGCUCGCGAAUAGCUUACAUUAUUCACUAAUCUCCGUGGAGGCGAUUCUAAUGGAAAUCGCAGGUUACUGCGGCACGAUGGCGCACAACUUGUCCAGCUUCCGCAGCAUGCGAAUCCAUCCGGAGGAGGACAAGAUCAAGUGGGACCAGCUGACGGACAACCGCGAUCUGGCCGUGGUGGUGCGAUGGGAUCCCACCAGCGUGACGACGGCGGAUGGCGUGACGACGCUGACGUCGGCACAGGACAUGGCCGAGGAGAGCUUCAGGCAGGAUCGCGAGCUGUUGCGGCUGCGCGUGGCGAUUCUGCAUCUCACGGCGGCGUGCAUAAAUCUGCUGUCGAAUCGCGAUGCAACCAAAGAUGCCCGACUGAGUGACACGCACUUGGCGCUGCACGCGGCCUGGCGGGGUGUGUUCAGUCGCGCGCGUGAGGCCAAUUAUCGGCCAAUCAGUGAUCAGUACUUAGUUAAUAUUCUGCCGUCGCGUCUGCACGCAGUGCUGGCGCUGCCGUACGAGGACACGCUGCACGCGCUGUCGGACUUUGUGGCGUGCGUGUUCAGUGGCGCGGAGAACCCCAAGGAGCGCGGCGAUGCGCUGAGUGAGUGCUUGACUGACGUGGCGUCGCGCCUGCAGGCGCACAUCGCGACGCACAAUCAGCAGAGUGAUGUGAUUUGGCAGCGGCGCGGCGUGCAGGAGAAUGUGGUGAAUUGCAUUGAGAUACUGUCGCUGUGUUCAUUUGUGCUGGCGUGCGGAUACGAGCGCUUCAGCGCGGCGGCAAUUGGCAGCCAGCAGGCGGGCAAGAAGAGCAGGAAGCGCGAGUCGCUGGGCAACGGCGAGGCGCUGGGCGCCGCACAGGUGGCGGAGAAGGAGCGGCUGGUGGCAAUUGUGGAUGUUCUCAAGUGUCUGAGAAAUCAACUGACUGCGUGCGACACAGCACUUGACUCAUGGAAAAUGCCACAAGUCUCUAAUGAACUAUUGGAUAGUCUGGCGGCGAUGUCACUGAAUCCGAAAGUUGAGGCGACUGUUAGUGGCAUUUUCAGGGAGAAUCAUCGACUUGUGGUCAAAGAGCUCAAGAAUGCCGUCAAAGAGAAAAUUCGGAUGGUGCAGAAGUCGUAAGAAAUGGGGUUUUGUGCGGAGUGGCUGAAUUGCGGACGAAACUGCACAUCAUCAUGUUCAUUUUAGUUAGAAGGUAAAAUAGACAAACCCCUCUUUUCAACCACCCCCUUUUCACAACGGAGAUUAAUUCGCCGCCUCCCGAAUUUCACCAAUUUUCACAAUGAAUGCCGACGAAUGGAUGCAAUGAGCACAAAAGGAGGUAAAAAAAAGGAGGUGGAGAAGAAGAACAGCGAAUUGUAUAUUUAAAAGCAGAAGAAGAAGAAGAGGAGAAAAAAUCACUUCACAAUUGGUGAGGAAGUUUUGCUGAGAAAACAAGCCCAUCAGUGGAAAAGUAUAAUAAAUUCGGUGGAAAUAAA